AUGGAUGUGGAUGCCGAUGGCAAGUUGCCAGCCCCUCCUGCUGGGUCCUCCGACGGCCGCAGCUCAGAGAAGGAAUGGAUUCUCGUCGAUGAUGCUGAGAAGACAGGAACGUCUGGUCUGGACCCUGACGCCGAAUUGGAUCUUUGUUUCAUCUGCGACUGCACCGGCUCGAUGGGUCAAUACAUCAAGGCAGCGCAGGACAACAUCCAGUCCAUCGUUGCAAAGAUUUCGCAAAAGCAUGGUGCCAAGGUUCAGUUUGGCCUGAUUUGCUACCGCGACCACCCGCCUCAGGACAAGACCUACAUCACACAAUGCCAUCCCUUCACGACCGAUUUGGCCCAGAUGUCCCAGUAUGUCGACUCCAUGAAGGCCAGUGGCGGAGGCGAUGGACCGGAAGCAGUGACUGCAGGCCUGUACGAUGCCUUGCAUUUGCCCUGGCGGCCAAACUCGACGAAGAUUUGCGUCCUGAUCGCCGAUGCCCCGCCACAUGGGCUGGAGCCGGCUGGUGACGGCUUCCCCAAUGGCGACCCCGAUGGUCGCGACCCGCUGGACAUCCUCCGAAGCAUGGCAGCGCACGGCAUCACUGCGUACAGUGUUGGUUGCGAGCCGGCAUUGGGCAGCUAUGCCCACGCACGAGACUUUCUUUGCACCGUGGCGGAAAUCACCGGGGGCCAAGCUGUAGCCCUGAGCUCUGCCGCGCUGCUGGCGGACGUGAUCAUCAACGGUAGUGUGGAAGAGCUUGCUCUGGCCAAGCUGCAGCGAAAGGUCGAGGAGGAGGUGCUGAAGGUUCAAGUCCAAGAGCGCCAUGCUGGCCGCGAGAUCUCCGCUGAAGAAGCAUCGACGAGAGCCUGUGAAAACCUGCGAGCUGGGGGCAUGCGAAGUAUGCAGAUGGAAACAGAUGGGCACAUGAAGCAUGCAAACAGAGCUUGCUGGGGCUUGGACGCUGAGAAGCGAUCUCUGGCACAUGUCAAGGAGGCUCUCGGCAGGGAGGCUCCCCAGCACAUGGGCUACGGGACGGGUGUCCUUGGAAAGCUUGGCUUGCCGGGAAUGGCCACCUCUGUUCCAGCACGAAGAGGUGGAGGUCGGGGUCCCGCUAUGGCCAUGUGCCCAUCUGCCAUGCCAGCUUUCUCCGUAUCGUGUGGCAUCAUCGACGUUCUGCCAAUACCCGUCGUGUUCUGGUUCUAUCAGCUGUCCAUCCCCACCUUCGCCCAUCUCAUCUCACAGCUACUGCCAGCGCUGAAGUCCGCUCUGGAGCGAGGCUCUCCUGCGGAGCUUUUGGAGGAUCUGGGUACCGCAGUCCGGAAAGUGACGUCAAGAUUCUUUGCCGGUUCCGAGGAGGAGCUGGAAAACGUGCCGACCUGUACAGGGCAAAGCGAGAGCACUUCGCCCCGAGAAGGGGGAUUAAAUCUCGACGACGAAGCUGCAUCGACUGCGGAGCAGCCUGAGUGGAUCUCGCGAAAGUCGGAGCAGAUGACCAAAUAUAUGUUCCUUGACGAAGGCAGCGAGAAAGGAACGGUGAAAAUCUAUGUCAAGGCGGAAGAGCUGCAGAUCGACCAGUUUGCCGAUGCCUACGCUUCUUUCCAGGAGCGGCGGUUGUCGCUUUACUUGCUUGGCCCUGGUGGCCGCGUUUGGCGCCUCUCAGGGCGUCUGUUUGGCCCCGUGCAGGCAAAGGACUGCAAGUGCUCCUUGUCUGCAAGCGGCCACAAGGUGUCCGUGACUUUGCGGAAGUCCAGCACUUCUGAUCAGUGGCAUCGCUUGAUCGAAGACCCAGGCAAAGAGCAGCUGGACAAGUCACACGACUUUAUCUGA